AGAACACUAAUUGAUUUUUUAUCUAAUCCACACUGCAUUUGCUUUUAGUAUUUAGCAAUUACGCCAUGCUUCUUACAGAAAUAACAUAGAAUAUCGGUCACAGACUCCGUGAGGAAUGAACGCAUAGCAUUAAUUGAUGCUCUGUACAUCACUAUCGCGCUGGACGUGCCGCGCGCGGACGCUUCCGUUUAAUUUUAAAUAAGGAAAAGCGCGAACAAGACGACAAUUUUUUCUUUAAGUUGUAUUCGUUCAUGUUAGCACAGAUUAGUAGCGAAUAUUAUCAAUCCUUAUCACAGAGGUCAACGAUGCCUCCGUGCGCGAGAUUUUGUAACGUUUAUGUUAGGAAGAAAAUAUCAUGAUAAGAAAUCGCGGCCGAGUGCAAAUGUCGUCGAUAUCGCUAAACUAAAUGUUCAAUUUGAAUACGGUUACGCUGCGGAGACGUAUCGAGGCUUGUCCCUUCGCGGAAUCCCAAUCGCUGAUUCAUACACCGGUUAUCGUGUUGUAAAUGAGUGGCAGAAUGGUUGAGGUCACAAGUUGGAUUCCGCACGCCGUAGUAGAAACACUACGCGAUCGUUCCGCGCAGCCAGUCAUCGCGUGGCUUACAACAAUCCGUGGUUCAAUUGAAGAAUACGAUCCGAUGGUGUCUGUGCGAGCUCCUUCAGCCGUGUCUCAAGAAUCCGAGUCGGACGAAGCCUUUAACGAAAUACUUUCCCAGUUGGGCAAAGAAAUUUACAAGCUAGAUGAAUACCAAAGAAACCUCUUGCCUACACAGCGACAGAUAUCUCUCAGUAUUUUAAAUAUUUUUGACCAAUGCCUUGAAGAUAUAAGUUUACCUGACAAGGACAUAACAAUGACUGAAUCAAAACAAAACGUAAACAGUGCUACGGACGUCCCAUUUUUGACAAGUACGCCUUGCAAAAGUGUGAUCGUGAUGGAAGAUAGUGUUUCAGAGACAGUGCCACCUAUUCCUCCGCGAAAAGUGAAAGUUCCUUCGCCUACGACCUACGAUGAUAUAGACAUAACCGAAAGUCAAUCCCAAGUCGAUUCAGAUAGUGAUUCCGAGAGCACUAUAUGGAGUUACAAGGAAUGUAACCCAGAGGAAGUAAACAAGGAAACAUAUGCAGCUGUUUGGUCGCAUUCGACGGGAUAUCACAAUUCGGACGAGAUUCUUCGCAGAGUUUUGUCUCAGGCGGAGCAGCGCGCGACAAUAUCUCGAUUGUCAUUCGAUACAGCUAGUGACUUUUCACCGCCACCGUAUACCGUGUACGCAUUGCACGAGGUAGGAGACAGGUGCGAUUCAGUCGCUGCGAUGACGCCGGACAAGACGUGCGAAGACGGCUAUGAGCCGGUACGCGAUGCCCUCACAGACGAAAACAUUUACGAAGAAAUUGAAUAUGGGUACAGUUACACAGACGAAGGGUGCUCGUGUGGAGGCAGUGUUGAAGUUGACAGUUUGAUAAGUGCAAGUUCGGAAGGUGUAGGUCGUGACAGUCCCUUAUACGCGAAUUUAAGGGAUAACGAUGCGUACGCGAUACCACCGGACGUUAUAUUUUGGAAGAAUUCGCUUCUUGAUCCGUAUUGCAAUGAGGAUGAAGAAGAUGAGUGGAUCACGCCAGAAGAAUGUGACGUGUACAGUCGUGAAAGGAGGCCUCCACUGGUCAUCCCUAGGAUCACCCAGUAUAGGCAGCCCAGACGUGACCAACGAGUGCAAUAUCCAGAGGAGAGCUUGAAGGAUGUGCCAGCUAAAGCCUGGAAUUGGUCUCCGACUUCCGAGAGGAGUCGUCUUGAGCUCGAAAGGAGCUAUAAAUCCAGCUCUGAUAGUCCACCACUGUGGAGCAGCAAGAGACUUGGUGGCUCUACUGAAAAUCUACUGGCAGUCAACCGACGUCCGAAUCACCUGCAGCUUCCAGCCUCUUCAUCCGGAGACAGCCUGGAUGUAGAGGUUCGGGAAAAGCCAGGGUACAAAAAGGAAAGGAAGUCGAGGUCCAUGGUGGCGCCAAAGCAGAAGGCUCAGCGACCGCCCAUGUCCUCACCUAGACUGAUGCAUAUACCGAUAGAGGCAACAGUACUUUACGAAUGUCCUGUAAAGCGUACAAAGUUUUCGGAAGGUGGCAAGAAAAGUAAGAAGAAUUGGACGGACUGUUACAUGAUUCUCACCCCCACUGCACUCGUCUUUUAUAAGGACCAGAGGACAUUUUAUGCUACGAAGGCGCCAAAGCCCUUUAAUGCGCCCCCAAGUCCUACAGCACCACGAGCCGAACUGGUCCUACCACUGCUCAACGCGCAUGUACUUCAGUGUAUUCAAAUGCAUACUAGACGAUUCACACGAUCUCUAGUGCUGACCGUAGAACAUGAUCAGUACUUGCUCCAGGUUGAGUCUGAAGAAGGCGCCAAGAAACUCCUGAAAUGCAUUCAGAAUAUUAUUUAUAAACUGGGUCCACCAGCAUUAGACGACCGACCAAGUCCUCAAUACCAAAGCAGUAACACGGACCUUGAGAGCCUGGGCCGUACUCCACCAGUGUCACGGCACGCUACUAGGAGCAAACAAAAAACUGGUGGCAGUAGCAAUGAAGAUCUUAGUGACUCAACUGAAGUAUCCACUUACAAGUACCACGUCAGAAGCAAGCUAAAGAAGUUCUUCGCUAAACGACCAGCUAUGGAAGUUCUUGUGAAGAAAGGCAUCUACAAAGAUGAACCAGUGUUUGGGCGUGACCUGGAUGAAGUGUGUCCAUUGACCAGCCCUCGGGUUCCAGAGUUUGUGAAAGCCUGUGUGAAGGAGAUCGAGAGCAGCGAAGAGAAUAUGUGCACAGAUGGACUGUAUAGAGCGAGCGGAAACCUCAGUCAGGUGCAGAAAAUACGAUUGGAGGUUGACCAGAAUAACUUCACGGUGAUAGAAAAUACGACUGAUAUUCACGUGCUGACGGGAUCAUUGAAGCUGUUCUUCCGGGAGUUGAAGGAGCCCCUCAUUCCGUGCUCAAUGUUCCAGCGGGUUCUCGAUGCUUGCUCUCUCCGACCGCGAGAAACCCGAGUCAAGGAGUUUAGAGAUAUUGUGCAGGCUCUACCUCAAUGUAAUAGAGAUACUCUAAAAUUUAUUCUCGAACAUUUAUUGAAAGUAACAGAAUACAGUGAGCGCAAUAGAAUGCAUACAGCAAACCUUGCCAUUGUAUUCGGGCCAACCUUGUUAUGGACAAAAGAUCUAGAAAGAAUCGCCGUCGACUGCAUACAACAGAAUAACGUCGUUGACAUCUUACUUAACGACUACAAAGAAAUAUUCGCGGAAGAUAAUACAAAGGGAAAGAAAAAGGCGUGAUUUAUAUUAAUAAAGAUGUGAAAAGACUGUUCUCAAGAACAUUUAGUAGAAUGUGAGUGUUUUCGAUCUAUCAAACGUGUUACGUCAAAUCACACUGUGAAGGUACAGAUGCGGAAAGUAUUUUUAUCUACGUUUAAUUCGGAAACCCGCAAAAUGCAAUAUCAUGUGUGACUUGUGUGUUUAUUAAUAAAAUAAGUAUAUUAUGGAAAUUAUUGUUAGUCAUAACUGUAUGUUUGAUCUCCAUUGAAGCAAUAAAUGCAUGACACAAGAAUUCCUUAUAUGCCAAAGUAGUUCAUUAUUUUUCAAAAGUAUAUCGCGUUGUGAUUUUCGCUAUCAAAGACUGUCAGAGGCUGGUAUGAGGCUCGGUAAUCGAUGUCGGUGUGGUCUAUUAAUGUUAUUACUUUAAAGAGAUAUAAGUCAAAGUGAAAAUGUUUAAGAUUACAGAGAACCGCCGAGUUUAGAACACCUUACAGAUUGUUUUAUUUCAAUGGACGUGUGAUAGAUUAAAAUUAUUUAACAACCUUCUUUUGGGGCCAACAUUGUAUAUAUCCUUGAUUAGAGUAGGCUUGAAGCCAGCUAUUUUGUGCCUUAAGCAAAAUUGAUUUGUAUAUAUUCAUCAUAGAUGAACGAUUAUGUGAUAAAGUAGUAUCGAGUCCAUUUGAAAAUACAUUUAGAUCUAGUCUAACGGGGUAUAAAUUAGCAGUUUCAUCUUAUUAUUAAAAUUAUUUUCAAUAUUGUAAAUUUUAAACAUGUACCACAGAAUACUUCUCCUAGUGUGGGGCAAUAGAUGAAUUUUGUUACAGCGUAUUUAUGAAUAAAGAUUUAAUUUAUUUUUAUUUAUUACUUAAAAAAAUAAACUUUUUAUUUCAAUGUGAAUUAUUAAAAAAUUACAACAUUUUUAUAAUAUUGCCUUGCUAUAUUUUGGAAAAUACAGACCUAAUACAGAGCCUAUCAGCACGCUGUCAAAAUACAAAUCUGUCAUAAGUAAGUCUGUAAGAGGAUAUACUCUAUCUCUCCAGUUGAGAGCUCCGGUGUUUAGAUUGGCACCAACUCUAAUUCCUACCCUGAAUUAUUAUAUUUAUCUAAUGGACUUGUUUUUUUAACACAACGUUUUUUUAUAAAUUAAUCGUGCAUAUUCAAUGUCACUAACUUACUCUUAAAAUUAUUUUUGUUUUCUUUUUAAAACAAAUAAUUUUUCAAGUAAAUUUAAUACAAAAAUAUAUUAUAAUUCUAACUAGGACGAAAAUUUAUUUCUGAGGGAAGUUUUUGUCAUUUUUGGCUUUUUUUAAUUUAAAGCUUAUUGUCAUAAGUACUAAAAUGUAUAUUAAAAAUAAACUAAAAUUAAAGUUAAUCUGUUAUAGUUAUUUCGACAUUGUAAGCUAGCAACCAAAGUUUUCUAUUUUCGGCCGAUAGUAUACCUAUCAAUAUUGUUGUAUAGAUAUUAAGUGAUUAUGCUUGAAAUAGACAAAGUUACAUAAAAUAAAAAUAUAUGGUUUAUUGAUUUUCA